GUCAACACAGCUAAAAGAAAUUUUGUAUUUACUUUUACCUUGUGUAGAUACCGUACAAGCAUAUUUGUAGUUAUAAAUUUACAAGUUAACAAUUGAUAGUGAAUUCCAACCAGCAAUCCAAGUAUCCGUUCAAUCGCGGGUGCUUGAGCAUUCGACGGAAUAACGGAAAAGAGAAAAAAAAUUUAAACAAAACACACGUAGAACGAACUAUUUCAAACAUGAAUAACAAAGGAACUAAUGGUUAUCCUACCUACGAAGCAGCUCAACAGGCCGCAUAUCAGCAGUACAUGAACAGCCAGAUGCCAGCACACGCACAGCUUCCCCCCUCGUACAGCUCGGUGGUUACCAGUAUGACACCGACGUACCCGCCAUAUCCUCCCGGAAUUGUGCCGCAACCUUUCUACGGCAACAGCUGGAGCGUAAAUCCGUCCCCACAGGCCCAAUUUGCUCCAGCCCCUCCGCCAUACGGAGCUUCGCCGGCGGCCGUUGCAGCUAUCCCGGCUCAAACGGUACAUCCACAAAUGUAUCAGUAUCAGAUUGCGGCAGCUCCUCCGCCAAACCAACCGCCUCAAGUAUACCAGACGCAAAUCUAUCCCGUUCAGGGUGCCAUGUUCGAUGCUGGCGCACGCUUCGGCAAAACCGGCGGACAGCCAACGAUUCCACCCCCACCACCGGGAAUAGCACCGAAUGCAGCUCAAAUUGCAACAAUCCAGGGCCAGCAGGUCGUGGUGACUAAAAAGAAGAACAACUUUCUUCAUGGAGGAAACGGCGGGGGGUAUACGUUCUGGUGAAUGGUCAAACUAGCGUGGCCUGUGUGCAGCCGUUUUGUUGCAUUCUAAAUAGAUGGGUGGAAGAAUAGUGUUCGAAUCUGACAGAGCUAGCAGUGCCAUGUGGAAAUUGUGAAAACUAGAACGAGAAUGGAUGACUGCUCUGGAAACGAAGACCGCAUAAGAAGACUGCAAACAUUCGGUAGAAGAAGCGCCCUAAUGAUAGUUUGUUACCAGCCAGUAUAUAGUUACAUCUGGUAUUUGACUAGCAGCUGGAACAACAAAGGGUUUGGAAGGCAAAGAGCACGUAAGAAUUCAUUUUCCUAUUCGAAACGGACACAGCACAAACUAGAAACCAUGAAUGAAUAUUUCUAUCAGCAUUUGUACUGCAUAUGUAACACUGCAGGAUUAUUUUUCUUCUAUUUGUUUUUUUUUUCAUUAUCAUUUUUACAACGAACAAUUAUUUCAUUCAAUUGAGGUACUGUAAACAAUAACCCUGUUUCUUUUUUUUUCAAUACGUAUUAUUUCAUUCGUAUAGCGAAGUAGCCAAGUAAUUACUAAACACUAUGCACUGUUAGUCAAAACGUUAAUCAAUAUUUGUUUUUGGUUUGGAUACAAUAUCACGCAUUGCGGCAGCGCACAUGUGUGUAGCGUUUUCCCCGUGAUACAAUUUUGAAAAAUCUAAAUCAUAUUAAAGAAUAAAAAGGCAAACAAAACCCAUCUUAAUGAAACAGAAGAUAAAAUAUUGAAAACUUGUGUGUUCAAAUUUAAUGCAAAUUGUAAACAACCAAAAAACAGGCCCUCUAUACAAAUUGUUGUGCAAACGAGAAAAUAUUAACGUGCAGGAAUGUACCGGAUAAUAAUGACAUCCAGACUGCUCAAUUUAGCGAUAUAGUAUUGAAUGAAUGAAAUCGAAAGUUGCAUCCAUCGGCCUGUGCUGAAAGAUUUAGGAAUGAAAAAUAAUAUUAUAAUUUGCAAAAGUGGUCAAAGGAAUGGAAAGAACGAAAGGAAUACAUUUAUUAUUUAGCUCGAUCGAGAUCAUUCCCUUGUUCAGCAAAUAAUUACACAACAUGCAAUUACGCAGAAGAAUGGAAACAACAAUUACAAAAUUGACCCCCUCAGUAGGACUUUGCCAAUAUACUGGAGUAAAGUUAGAACAUGUGAACCAAAUUAAGCCCUUUCGAUGUUGCAUUAUGCAAAAAACGUAUCACACGAGCAGUGAACAGAUAUACGUAGUUUCAUUUAAAUCAAAUAUAUUACCCAAAGCCUUCGUGCGAAACUAAAAAUUGAAGCAAAAAUGGAAAUCUUACGAUGUUGUACGUACUAAUACUGGAUCGAAAAAGGAGCGGCAUAUGAUGAGCAAUCUUGAAAAGUAAACAUUUAAUGAUCCAACUGUGACACAAUGUGCACCAGUAUUGCUCAACGUUUGGCGAUUAAGUCGGCAAUUAUUAGUUGAACUUUCGUGCACUUUAUAGAUUGAAACACAGCACAAGUUAAAUUUAUUUUUGUGAUAUCCCAAAGCUGGGUCGGUUGUGGCGAUUCCCUUUUUCCUUUACCGAACGGUACAAUAUUUCUGGCUAAUUGCUGAGUACAGCUCAAGCAUUAAAUAUAAAUUUAGCUAAAAUAUUAAUUUAGCAAACAAGGCAAAUUUAAGGUAAUUAUUUCCUCAUCAUCUCUUCCCCCAAAGAGUGUAAAACAUAAACGACCAAAAACAGUAAGACUUUCGGAAGUUUAAAAAUGUGCCGACGCAUGAUAACGCAUGAUAAUUUGUUUUAACCAAAAUUUGGUACGUUUGAUAAAAUGCAUUUGGGUAGGCUUGAUCGAGCCGUCGUUUGGCGUCAAGUAACUGAAUUUGUAAUAUCUGGUAAAGGACGGCGUAAAACAUAAUAUCAUAGGAAGAACGAUCAGCCUGAAAAGUUUGUUGCAGAUCGGUGAGGAAAUGCAUUACAACACAAAAUUUAAAAUAUAGUGAGCCAAUUAAGCGCGACGAUGUUAGAAACAAAAAUCGUGAGUUUGCAACAUUGUUUGAGCAGCUAACAGCAUAGAAACUGUAUCAGGGCAACUCGAAAUAGGCGAUUGCAUGUGAAUAGCGGCUAAAUGUGAAGCAAAGAGCAGUUCGAUAUUGAUUUAAAUUGGAAGAAAUGUUCCAAAUUACUACGACGAUGAUAUUCAUAGAAGGAUCAAUGAGAAAACAGCAAAGAUACGUGAAAGUGUAGGGAUUGGUCGAGAAUAAAAGUUAUGGAGUCAUAUUAGCCAAAAGCGAGAAGUAUUAUAGAAGAAUAUAGAAUGAGAGACCAUGAGGAUGUAAAAGGAUUCGAGUAAUAGGCAAAGUGAAGCCCCGGCGGAAAAGACAAAUUUGUGUCAAGAAAUUGUAAGAUAGUUUAAAGUUUUUGUUUGGUUUAUUCAGCUUUGAAUUUGUUUAUUUCGAAAUUUACCAUUAACACCAUAUACGUUUAUCAUUGCAUUGUAUCUUAUACAAAAUAAAACGACUGUCACAGUGUA